GGAGAGCUCAGCCGGCACGAAGUUUGGUCUGGUGGUAAUUAACUGCGGUCUACUUUGGAGAAUGCUCAUCAGGUGACGUACCAACGAAUUAAAUGGCUCCACCAUACAACGCCGUUUGCGGUGAAAAGGGAGCCGAUGUGUGAGCCGAGACGGUGAAGAGAGGAGAGGAGCGAAGCCACUUCUACUGUCACUCCACUGCUCCGAGUUCCUGCUCCGCCUGUACAACACCGGAGUGUGCGGCAUUUGGCUGUUUCGCGGAAUGGGUCCGAGCACUUAGCUUCUGGAAUGUGAGGGACCGGUCGUGAAAUCGGGAGAGCAACUUGGGCGUUACAAGUCGAUCGAGGAGCUUUCGCUUUUCCAAUCUACAUUCUGGUAGAAAAGCUAUGGUUGUUGCAAUGCGGGAGUUCGACAUGGAGCACCCGUAUGACGUGAUCGACAAUUGCUCGGCCGACAACCGCGAGAAGCAGAGCGUGGUAGCCGACUUGGAUGGCUCCUGCGUUCGCAGCCGGAGCUCCUUCCCUUACUUCAUGCUGGUGGCUCUGGAAGGAGGCAGCCUCCUGAGAAGCGUGCUCCUCAUGGUCAUGGCCCCCGUCGCGUGGCUGCUCUACCACUUCGUCUCGGAGGCAGCAGGCAUCAAAGUCCUCAUCUUCUUCUCCUGCGCCGGCCAGAGAGCUCGGGACAUCGAAGCGGUGGCUCGCGCAGUUCUCCCCAAGUUCUACUCCGAGGACGUCCACAGCUCCACCUGGAGAGUCUUCUCGUCGUGCGGCAAGCGCUACAUUCUCACGGCCAGCCCGAGACUGAUGGUGGAGCACUUUGCCACGACAUACCUGGGCGCUGACAAGGUGAUAGGGACGGAGCUGCAAGUGACAAGGAGCGGGUACGCUACGGGGUUCGUCAAGAGCCCCGGCGUUUUGGUUGGCGUCAACAAGAGGCGGGCAUUGAAGGCCGUGUUUGGUGAGGAGGUGCCAGACCUGGGGAUUGGCGAUCGCAGCUCUGAUUAUCCGUUCAUGGCUUUUUGCAAGGAAGCUUACAUUGUUCCUAGCCAGCCUGCCGACGCCGUUCCAGCUCACAAACUCGCGCGCAAGAUUAUCUUUCACGACGGCAGGCUGGUCCAGAGGCCGACGCCGUUCGUGGCGCUGGUCACCUUUCUGUGGCUACCCGCCGGCUUCCUCCUGGCCUUCUUCCGCAUCCUGGUGGCGCUUCCAUGCCCGGUCGAGUACGUCCCGCUGCUCUACAAGGUGAUCGGCGUCCGGCUCAUCGUCAAGGGCAAAGUCCCGCCACCUUCCAAGAACGGGAUCCUCUUCGUCUGCACGCACCGGACGCUCAUCGACCCGAUAAUGGCCUCGGCGGCCUCGGGGAGCGACGUGACCGCGCUCACCUACAGCAUUAGCCGGGUGUCGGAGGUGCUCUCGCCCAUCAAGACGGUGCCGCUGUCGCGGGACCGGGAGAGGGACGCCUCGAACAUCAAGCGGCUGCUGCUGAAGGAGAACUUGGCGAUCUGUCCCGAGGGAACGACGUGCCGGGAGCCUUUCCUGCUGCGGUUCAGCGCCCUGUUCGCGGAGCUGUCCGAGAACAUCGUCCCGGUUGCGACGUCGACCAAAACGAGCAUCUUCCACGGGACGACGGUGCGGGGCUGGAAGGGGAUGGACCCGUUCUUCUUCUUCAUGAACCCGUUCCCGGUGUACGAGGUGACGUUCCUCGAGCGGCUGCCGCACGAUCUGAGCGUCCAGGGGGGCAAGUCGGCGAUCGAGGUGGCCAACUACAUCCAGAGGGUGCUGGCGGACACGCUGGGAUUCGAGUGCACGAACUUUACGCGCAAGGAUAAGUAUGGGAUGCUCAUCGGCAGCGAUGGAACGGUGCCUGCCAGGAAGAAGUCCUUUUGACCGCGGGGAGGAGCGAGAGAGAUCGAGAGUGGAGGACAGGGCAGCAGCUCACAAAGCUAUGGUGCGCUGCGGUUCUCUGGCAAAGCUUGCUUGGAAAGAAUCUCUCGAGAGGGAGGAGAUAAGAAACGAGAAAGUUCGUGUCCUUCAUUAGGGCAGAUUUAAAUUUAAAA